GUUCCCAGGUCCACAAAACACAGACAAUUGCACCCAUUAUCUCGGAAAUCAAAACCAGGUCCUAAAAACACUCUGAUUUUCAAUGUACUGUCCUUUGGAGCUGUCGGGAAUGGUAUCAAUGACGACUCCGAAGCAUUCAAGAUGGCUUGGGAAACUGCUUGCCAAUCCAAAAAGUCUGCAUUUCUUCUUGUUCCUGCCAAAUACUCCUUCAUGAUACAAGCUUCAACUUUCACGGGGCCUUGCAAAUCCCGUCUCAUCUUUCAGAUUGAUGGAACUCUUUUGGCGCCUGAUGGACCCAAAGCAUGGAAACAAAAAAAUGGUAAGCUAGACAGCUGGGUGGUCUUUAAAAGUAUCACUGGAAUGUCAUUGCAAGGAAGUGGUCUAAUAGAUGGGAGAGGACAAAAAUGGUGGAACCUUCCCAACUCCAAGAGACCUAAAAAGCAAUAAGUUUCGACUUUUGCUUCGAUUUGACAAUGCGAGGAGUGAGAAUUAAGAACAGCCCCACGUUUCAUAUGGCAUUGAAUAUGUGCAAAAACGUCCAUGUAGAAAGGAUUGGCAUAAAAGCACCUGCAGAUAGUCCCAACACAGACGGAAUUCACUUGGAGAAGACAAACAAUGUGAAAAUAUACAAUUCAUUCAUAUCCUCUGGUGAUGAUUGCAUAUCAAUUGGAACCGGCUGCCAUAAUGUGGAUAUAAGGAAUGUUACAUGCGGUCCAAGUCAUGGAAUUAGCAUCGGCAGUCUUGGCAGAGACAAAUCCAGAGCCUGCGUUUCAAACAUCACAGUGAGUGACUCAGUCAUCAAACACUCAACCAAUGGUGUUCGGAUCAAAACAUGGCAAGGUGGGUCAGGUGCCGUCUCCAAAAUAACGUUCCAAAACAUAAAAAUGGACACAGUUCUAAACCCAAUUAUCAUAGACCAAUUCUACUGCCUCGACAAAAGCUGCCCCAAUCAAACAUCUGCACUCUCCAUUUCUGAUGUUUCAUACAAACACAUACGAGGUACCUAUGAUGUUGGCGGCCCCCCCAUGCACAUUGCUUGCAGUGAUUCAGUGCCAUGCAGAAAUGUUACACUUUCAGGGGUGCAGUUGCUUCCUGCACAAGGAAAGAGCCUGUUGAAGCCAUUUUGCUGGGAAGCUUAUGGCAGCAGCACACAUACAAGUAGUACUCUUCCAUCAGUUUCCUGUUUGUUGAAUGGACUUCCAAAGAAGAUUGCACAAUUUGAUGUUGAUCAUCAUUAUCAGUGUUAA